UGGAGAAGAAUCGAUGAGACGAGUAUUCUCAGGUAAUAUUGCACUAUUUAGCUGGUUGAUUUGCGUUGGUAAUCAAGAUUAGAUAUAGUAAAUCUAUAUCAUGAGUAGUAGUGAUUCAUCUGCUUCAUACAUCCACUUGGUGCAGCAUCUGAUAGAGAAGUGCUUGAUUUUCCAAAUGACUAAAGAAGAAUGCAUGGAGGCACUAUCAAAGCAUGCAAACAUCAAACCUGUAAUCACUGCUACUGUGUGGAAAGAGUUAGAGAAAGAGAACAAAGAGUUCUUCGAAUCAUACAAAGAAUCACAAAACAAAGAUCGUAUGGCAGAGGAAGAAACCAGUACUAUGAUACAAAAAAUGAUAUUAGACCAUCAAGAUCAUGAUCACUCCAAAGAAUCAGACGGUGUAGAUCGUUCCAAGCAAUCGAAAGAUGUAGGUUGUUCCAAGGAAUAAUUUUAACAUAUAUAUGUGACUACGCGAUAGCGAUCUAUCCUUUGAGUUCUGGUUGACACCAUUGUUGAUAAAGAAUUUUUACACUAUCAGUAUGUUUUAAGUUGAAAUUGGUAUAUAUAACAGCGAAUAUAAGUCUUAAUUCAACUA